CUGCUGCCCGCGCGAUAGUACCACCAGGCAGGCUGCGACAGGUGUGUGUUGUGUCUCGAGCUCUCUCGUCGCGUGCCGCCGGAUCAAAGUCUAUACAUCACAACCUGAAGCAAGAAAGGCAAAACCAUGAGCGACGCUGCUGCUUCUACACCCAAGCCUGAGGGCGAGGACAAGAGCGAUGCCUCCACCAUCACGAUUCGUGUACGAGAUCAGACUGGAGAGGAAACAUACUUCAAGGUGAAAAAGACUACUCGAAUGGAGAAGGUGUUCACCACGUAUGCUUCGCGGAAGGGUGUGAGCGUGUCUGCCUUGCGAUUCCUUCUUGAUGGCUCACGUGUCGGCGCGGAAGACACCCCCACGUCGUUGGAGCUUGAAGACCAAGACCAGAUUGACUGCAUGCUGGAGCAGCAAGGCGGUUGAGCUGACCCUGUCGGGUCGGGGUUGGGAUUGGGUUGUUCUGCUGGACCGAUGUCUUUCCGUAUUGGUAGUUUCUGGGGCUUGGUUCGUGGCCCCACGUACUCUCAGUUUCGGCAGUACUUUUUUCGGCCUAGAAAACGAAGGUAUCUUUCGAGAGCGCGAUUAGAGUUGAGCAGGCAAGAUUGAAACGCGGAUGUCCGCUGCUUGACAGCUGAUGGAACGGGUUGCGGCGUGCUACGCAGCAUAGGUCUACAAUGUAGAGUGAACCAACGUGCGUCUUGUCAGCCCUGAUUAAGGGUCGUGUGUAAGGUAACUCUCUCUGCAACUUGCGACUGCUAUCAUGCAGGUUGUCGUUGGGAAGAGUAGUGGUUGGACAUGUGCGAGGAACGGUCAAUUUGCAACGGUCGUGGGUUCAUGGUCUCUACUGAGAGCGAGCUAGAAAUCUAUCUUCGUGUCUGUGGUUCGAUCCCGUCAUCCUUUUCGCAUCCUGCGUAAUUAGGUGUACACGCACCAGCGCCACGCAGUACUUCAGGAAUCCCAGUGGCAGGUAGUGUAUUGGGACGCAUUUGUAAAAUAUGAACGGACGCUAAUAUACGGUCGUGUCCCAAGUCCCAAGAGGAUUGUGGGCGGCAGGCAAAGUCAAUCACGCUUUCCACGCGACCCAGGCGCCUUUGUUCUAGACGCAACAAGCGUGUUGAGCUCCCUGCGUGUAUUCUUUGGCGAUUCUCUGUCAAAUAUAUCAUAAGUGCAUGGAGUACGCCGGUGGGAGAGUAUCCACAAGGGCUUCGGAUGGAGCAGGAAGCCUCACCAAAUCCAAUCCGUACUUACAUUACAUGAUCCGCUCCGACGUAUACAUUCGUUUGUGGUACUCAUGGCCAGACAAGUUGAUUGUGCGUAAGUAACCUUUAAUCAUGAAACAACGACAAUCACUCAGAUAUGGGUAUCCGAGUAACGAUCUUGCCUGCUGUGUCUAAUCAAGGUAUUUCGCAU